UGUAAAUAGUGUCUAAUAGAUGUCAAUACAAUAGUAUUGAAUGUUUUAAGCUAUGCUUUAAGCAAUACAUUGGGAGUACAAUACUUUUCCAUACAAUACUACAUUAUUAAUAUUUUGGCGCCAAUUGCUAUUGCAUAUUAUCCUUUUCCGCUGCCAGCACUGUCAUCACUGUCAUCACUGUCAUCAUUGUCAUCACUGUCAUCAUUGUCAUCACUGUCAUCAUUGUCAUCACUGUCAUCACUUGGAUUUAAUUUUUAAUGGCGGAGAAACCAAAGAUGAUUAAGUUCAUUUCCAAGAAUUGGGAUCCGAAUAUAGAUAUUAUGGAGAAGGCCAUAAUCGAGAAAACUAUCGUCCGUACGGCAAGACUUAAGAAAGUAGACGAUCCGUCCAAUGAGUUCAUCUUCAAGGAUAACUUCACCGAUGAAUUUCAGGAACAGAUAAGAAGUAAUCUGCAUCAGAAAGACCCCAAAAAAGCUAAGGGGUUACCACUGAGUGGUUCCUGGAAUGUGUUCUGGAAUAAGUCUCAUCAGAAGGUACUUCACGUACAUUCAAGGGAUGUCUUCGGUGAAUUGCACUGCAAGUUCGGGAUAAUUGGCGUACAAGUAGCCGACAGUGGUCUACUUUUUGGGAAGAAUAUGAAGGUUGAGUUGGACUCCGACUACAAAAAGCGCCUUAUGUAUGGCAAAUAACCAUUUCGCUAACAACUGUCCACUUAUUCAUUCAAUAUUUUUUGUCGAAAUGUCAUUUUUAAGUAUAUCCUGUUUUGUAUUAUAAUAAUUUGUGGGAAAA